GGGGCACCCGUGGGAGCGCCGGGACGAACAGUAGCGCGUUCUGAGGUGGAACCUGCAGUGCAUCCAUGGAGCAAGGCGAAGGGCCGAGCACAGGACUUGCUAAGGCCAUCAAACCUAUCGAUCGGAGGUCGGUCCACCAGAUUUGUUCUGGGCAGGUGGUACUAAGUCUGAGCUCUGCUGUGAAGGAGUUGGUAGAAAAUAGCCUGGACGCUGGUGCCACUAAUAUUGAUCUAAGGCUUAAGGACUAUGGGGUGGACCUCAUUGAAGUUUCAGACAAUGGAUGUGGGGUAGAAGAAGAAAACUUUGAAGGCUUAACUCUGAAACACCACACUUCUAAGAUUCAAGAGUUUGCUGACCUCACUCAGGUUGAGACUUUUGGCUUUCGGGGGGAAGCUCUGAGCUCACUUUGUGCACUGAGUGACGUCACCAUUUCUACCUGCCACUCGUCUGCGAAGGUCGGGACUCGGCUGGUGUUCGAUCACAACGGGAAAAUUGUCCAGAAAACCCCCUACCCACGGCCCCGAGGGACGACGGUCAGUGUCCAGCAGCUGUUUUACACGCUGCCCGUGCGCCACAAGGAGUUCCAGAGGAACAUUAAAAAGGAGUUUGCCAAAAUGGUCCACGUCCUCCACGCCUACUGCAUCAUUUCCACGGGCAUCCGGGUAAGCUGCACCAAUCAGGUGGCACAAGGAAGACGACAGCCUGUGGCGGGCACCAGCGGGAGCUCCAGCAUAAGGGACAAUAUCGGAUGUGUGUUUGGGCAGAAGCAGCUGCAGAGCCUCAUUCCUUUCGUUCAGCUGCCCCCUAGUGACGCCGUCUGCGAGGAGUUCGGGCUGAGCGGCUCGGACGCUCUGCAUGGGCUCUUUCAUGUCUCGGGUUUCAUUUCCCACUGCACUCAUGGUGUCGGGCGGAGCUCAACGGACAGACAAUUUUUUUUCAUCAAUUGGCGGCCUUGUGACCCAGCAAAGGUUUCCAGACUCGUGAACGAGGUCUAUCACAUGUAUAAUCGGCAUCAGUACCCAUUCGUGGUUCUUAACAUUUCUGUGGAUUCGGAAUGUGUUGACAUCAAUGUCACCCCGGAUAAAAGGCAGAUUUUGCUGCAGGAGGAGAAGCUCCUGCUGGCGGUGCUGAAGACGUCCCUGCUGGGGAUGUUCGACGGCGACGCCAGCAGGCUCAACGUCGGUCAGCAGCCGCUGGUGGACAUGGAAGGUCGCCUCCUAAACACGCAGCCGGCGGAAAGGGAAGCACCCCUGCCGGGAGAGCAGGGGGACCCCGCUUCCGUGAGGACGCGAGGAGAGGAGAAGAGGGCAGUGACCAUUUCCAGGCUGAGGGAGGCCUUUUCUCUCCGGCAGCCAGCAGACGGCCGGCCCCAGGGCCUGCCGAGUGCGGAGCCCAGGCGGGUUUCCCCGAGACAGAAGAGCAGCGGGUCCUCUUUGAGGCCUUCGGGCGCCCUCUGCUGCCAGGCGCCCAGCUCGGGCGCAGGCUGGCCCGGCCCUCCAGGAGGGGGGGUGCGUCCGGACAGGGACAGAGCGGAGGCGGAGAGGGACUCGGGGCACGGCAGCACCUCGGCGGGCUCGGAGGAGGGGCUCAGCACCCCAGACAUGGGCAGCCUCUCUGGCAGUGACCGCGCAGCCAGCUCCCCUGAAGACAGGCUUUCACAGGAGAACACGGAGUCGUGCGAGAAGUUCCCUGAAACCGCGCGUCACGUUUCAGACACGGAAGGCCGUCGAGACCAAGAAGAUGGUGAAUACACAUCGAGAGUGUCGCCUCAGCCAGCUGCUCUGGCAAGCACCAAGCGUUUUAAAAAAGAAGGAAUUCCUUUAAACUCUGACGCCCGCCAAGGGUCGGCUAACACACAGAACAUGUCAGCGUCUCAGGCUGACGUCGCUGUUAAAAUCACCAAGAAAAUAGUGCCCCUUGCCUUUUCCGUGAAUUCUUUGGCUAGACGCAUAAAGCAGCUGCGUCACCAAGAGCAGCAGAGAGGCGGUGGGCAGAAUUACAGGAAGUUUAGGGCGAAGAUUUGCCCUGGAGAAAAUCAAGCAGCAGAAGAGGAACUAAGGAAAGAGAUAAGUAAAACGAUGUUCGCGGAGAUGGAAGUGAUCGGGCAGUUCAACCUGGGCUUCAUCAUCACCAAGCUGGGCGCCGACAUCUUCAUCGUGGACCAGCACGCCACGGACGAGAAGUACAACUUCGAGAUGCUGCAGCAGCACACCGUCCUUCAGGGCCAGAGGCUCCUCGCACCCCAGAGUCUCAACCUGACUGCUGUCACUGAAGCCGUCCUAUUGGAAAAUCUGGAAAUAUUCAGAAAGAAUGGCUUCGAUUUUGUCAUUGAUGAAAGUGCACCCGUCACUGAAAGGGCUAAAUUGAUCUCCUUGCCAACAAGUAAAAACUGGACCUUUGGGCCCCAGGACAUAGACGAGCUGAUCUUCAUGCUGAGCGACAGCCCGGGGGUCAUGUGCCGGCCGUCCCGCGUGCGGCAGAUGUUCGCCUCCAGAGCCUGCCGGAAGUCAGUGAUGAUCGGAACUGCUCUCAACACAAGUGAGAUGAAGAAGCUCAUCACCCACAUGGGUGAGAUGGACCACCCCUGGAACUGUCCCCACGGCAGGCCGACCAUGAGACACAUUGCUAAUCUGGAUGUCAUCUCUCAAAACUGACGCUUCUCGCCGUGUAGGCCUAGACCGUGUGUUGCAGGCGUCUCUGUGUUGAAAGGCAGAGUUUUAACCGUUAAGCACCGCAGCCAUUUAGAAAUGAUGUUGAGAACCUUUUGAACCACGGGGAGCAUCACUGCAGUGUGUCGUGUUCUGCAUUUGUACGUCUGUCUGUCUGUCUGUCUGUCUGCGGAUGUGUGUAUAUAGGCAAGCGCGUGUUUAUUUUAAGUCAGGAAGAGCACUUUCAAAGCCACCCAGGCCUCUGCACUGCCCCAACGUAUUUUAGGCUGCAAACUGGAGCCCUUUGUGAUGAUUAAAUUUGUAAUGGUUUAAUUUCAUAAAUUUACAAUUAUGGUCCUCUUGGGUUAGUGGUUCUCAACCCUGAUGCACAUGAACUU